AUGACAGUGCAUGUGUUCGGUAACAGCCCUUCGCCAGCUGUGGCCAUUUAUGGCUUGAGAAGGGCAGCUGAAGAGGGAGAGAGAGAACAUGGUACAGAUGCUAAGCAGUUCAUAAUGAGGAACUUCUAUGUAGAUGAUGGGCUUGAAUCAUUCUCCAAUGCUGAGGAAACCAUCACCGUACUGUCAAAUGCAAGGGAGAUGUUGGCAGAGUCAAGCAUCAGGCUACAUAAGAUAGCAUCCAACAGCAACACUGUUUUGGAUGCUUUCCCCCCAGAAGACCUUGCCAAAGGCCUUAAGGAUCUCGACCUGACAUCUGAUCCACUACCACUCCAACGCAGUUUAGGCCUCAGAUGGGACCUUCCAACAGACAGUUUCUCCUUCUGUGUGUCUGACAAAGAAAAGCCAUUUACAAGAAGGGGAAUCCUUUUAGUGGUCAACAGUCUCUAUGAUCCCUUGGGGUUCGUGGCACCUGUCACAGUUCAGGGCAAGGCUCUCGUGAGAGAUGUCUCCACAGAAGAGUAUGAUUGGGACACUCCGCUACCAGAAGACAAAGCAACCCAGUGGAAUGACUGGAAAGAUUCCCUGAAGGAACUUAUGCAGCUCCAGAUCCUGCAUCUCUGUUUCUCUGCUCGCCACACUGUAGCAUACCUCAGGGCAAUCGAUGCAGAAGAACACAGCCAUGUCGGGUUUAUCAUGGGGAAAUCCAAGCUGGCUCCACAUCCUGCUCACACUGUCCCUCGUUUGGAAUUGUGUGCAGCCGUCUUGGCAGUGGAAAUUGCAGAGACGAUAAUGGAUGACAUCGAUGUAGAGAUUCACAAAGUCAAGUUCUACACAGACAGCAAGAUCGUACUGGGCUACAUACAUAAUGCGUCCAGAAACUUCUAUGUCUACGUGGCAAACAGAGUGACAAGAAUAAGAAGGUCCUCUACCCCAGAGCAAUGGCACUACAUCAACACCAAACUUAAUCCUGCAGAUCAUGGAUCUAGGUCUGUCUCAGCGGCUCUCCUACCAGAUACCAACUGGCUGACAGGUCCAGAUUUUCUAAGAAAUCCAGAAGUAGAUGAAGUUCCACAGCCAGAGGCAUUUAACCUUCUGCAUCCUGAGACUGAUGUAGAAGUUCGCCCUCAAGUUUCAACCUAUGCUACGAAAGCCACAAGUGGACUUAUUGGCUCUCACCGGUUUGAAAGAUUCUCCAGCUGGAAAUCUCUUACUCGAGCAAUAGCCAAGCUUGUCCAAAAGGCUAGAGUCUUCUGGAAAACUUCAGACGGUAUCCAGAGAAAAGAUGAACUCCGUCAAGCAAUACUGGUCAUAUUGAAAACAACACAACAAGAUGUGUACAAAGAGGAAAUGAAAAGCCUAGCAAAGGGUGAAGAGUUGUCUCGACACAGUCCGCUCAAGAGUUUGGAUCCCAUCUUUGACGAUGAAGGAUUGCUGAGAGUCGGAGGUCGGAAUUCAGCAGCAGACAUGACCUGGGAAGAAAAGCAUCCGAUCAUUCUUCCAAAAGACAAUCACAUAUCUACCUUGUUGGUACGAUACUACCACGAACAAGUGGCCCAUCAAGGCAGACACUUCACUGAAGGCGCAGUUCGGACAGCUGGACUGUGGAUAACAGGAAGACUGGACGUCUUUGGGCCUUGGACCAUCUCAGCGCGCAGGACAAGAGGUGGAUAUGCAGAGAAUAAACGCUGGGCAGUCAUGUUCACCUGUCUGAGUACACGAGCGGUACACAUCGAGCUCAUAGAGACAAUGUCAACCUCCAGUUUCAUUAAUGCCUUAAGGAGAUUCACCGCCAUCAGAGGGCCUGUGAGACUCCUGCGUUCCGAUCAAGGCACAAACUUUAUUGGAGCUUGCAGAGAACUGCAAAUAAACUCUGAAGACCCGGAGUUGAAAGCUCACUUGCAGGACAAAGGCUGUACCUGGAUAUUCAAUCCGCCACAUUCCUCUCAUAUGGGAGGUGUGUGGGAAAGGAUGAUCGGCAUUGCACGCCGCAUUUUGGAUGCUAUGUUGCUUAAGGACAACUGUCGCCUCUCCCACGAGGUACUUGUGACACUCAUGAGUGAAAUCAUGGCAAUCAUGAAUGCAAGGCCUCUAGUUCCAGUAUCGUCUGAUCCUGACAUGCCAGCAGUUCUCACGCCCGCAAUGUUGCUUACUCAAAAGACUGAUCCAGUAUCUGCUCCUCUAGGGAACAUGGAUCUGAAAUAUCUCUAUAACAAGCAAUGGAGGCAAGUUCAAAGUCUAGCCGAAACUUUCUGGAAACGUUGGAGACAAGAGUACUUGGCGACCCUUAAGCCACGCAGGAAGUGGAAGUCAGAAAGACCAAACUUGCAAGUAGGCGAUGUGGUACUCCUCAAAGACACUCAAGUAAAGAGGAAUGAGUGGCCCACCGGCAUCAUUGAGGAAACCUUCCCCAGCCGUGACGGAAUGAUUCGAAAAGUGAAUGUGAAGAUCAUCAAACAGGGUACCCCUAAGGUUUAUUCCAGACCCGUUUCAGAGGUCGUACUGCUCCUCAGUAAAAAGACAUAG